AUGGGAAAAGGCAAGAGAAAUCAGAAAGCUAUUCAAGACAGGGCAGCUAAAAGGCGGAAACAGGAAGACGCCCAGCUUUUAAACGGUGGAUUCCAAGAGGCUACAGAGUUACUGGAUGAUGAGGUUCUUAACGUAGACAUAGAUGUUAGACAACGAGGCUCUUCUUGGGAGAAUGAAGAGCAGGAUUAUGAAAUGAGGCCAAGGAAGUUGCAGGAAUACGGCGAGGAUAUGGUUGAAGGUCUACCCAUCAAGAUAAAUGGUAAGAUCGAAAGAAAAAUGCAUAAGAAGCAGUCUAAUACAACCGAAGAAAACGAUAAUGGAGCAAUUGAAGAGGAACUAGAUAGAUCUUCUGAUGCGAGCGGCCAGGCUGUGAGUGCAGAUGAAAAGCAGGAAGAAGAGUUUGACGAAGAGCCAGAUACGGAGGAAAGGAUCAUCGAACUAAAAGAAGAAAUUGCUGAAUUGGUCGAGAAAAUUAUAGAAGAACCUGAAGAAAAUACAGCAGCUCUAACUAGGCUCUGCAAAAUGGCCGAAUCUAAGAACCCUAACACGAGCAAGUUCUCGAUGCUUGCGCUCGUCCCUGUGUUUAAGAGUAUCAUCCCAGGCUACAGAAUUAGGCCGUUAACUGAGCUUGAAAAGAAAGAGAGAGUGUCUAAGGAAGUUACCAGAUUGAGAAAUUUUGAGCAGACCCUUGUGGUGAACUACAGGAAAUAUAUCGAAAAUCUGAAAAAUCUCUCGAGAGUUCCAAACGGCGAGAAACCUAUAAAAGUCUCCUUAGGUGUUCUGGCGACGCAAGCCGCCAAUGAACUGGCUUCCACUGUUGCACACUUCAAUUUCCGUGAUGAAGUGUUCACCAUACUUGUGCGUCGUGUCUGUAAGCCAAACCUCACCGUGGAUCCAGUUUCCACCCAGUCGAUCAAGUCUUUAGAGAUUCUCCUAAAUGAUGAUGAUGAAGGUAACGUAUCACUGAGCAUCAUAAGAAUACUUGCCAAGACCAUCAAAGUUAGAAAAUACAACGUAGACGAGUCGGUCCUGAAUAUGCUUCUAUCGUUGGAAACUUUGCAGGAUUACGACCCCAACACGAAGAGCGAUGAACCACAUGUCAAGGUAAAAGAGAAGAAGAAGGAUAGAGUACAUCUAUCUAAGAAACAAAGAAAAGCUAGGAAGGAAAUGAAGGCCAUUGAAGAAGAAAUGGAAAGAGCUGAGCAAACCGUCUCUGCUGAAGAGAAGGAGAAAAAUCAAGCCGAAAUUUUAAAGACUAUGCUUUCUUUAUACCUGAACAUUCUCAGAAUUGACUCACCAACUUUAGUGGGUUCGGUUCUUGAAGGGUUAGUAAAGUUCGGCGGCAUGGCGAACUUGGAUCUACUAGGGGAUUUUCUAGAAGUUAUGAAGGAAUUGAUUCAGAACACCAUUGAUCAAGAACUGACGUCUGCAAGUGUAAGAAAGCUGCUCUUGUGUAUUGUCAGCGCUUUCUCAUUAGUCUCAUCUCACACUCAAAUGAAAGUGCAUACUGAUCUUUCAGUAUUUGUGGAUGCACUAUACGCUGUGCUAUGCCACGUUUCCUUAGAUGCAGAUCUGGAGCUAUCACACAAAUCCUUACGUUUAGCAGAUCCACUAAAUAACGAGAUAACAAAACCGUCGGUCAACGUUUCCACCAAGGCCGAACUGCUUUUGAAGUCUCUGGAUCAUGUGUUCUUCAGAUCAAGAUCAGGUUCCAAACUGAAAGCUUUGGCGUUCACAAAGAGACUUUAUAUGUGCAUGGGAAAUACUCCCGAAAACACUACUAUAGCUUUACUGAAGUUUUUGCAAAAGCUGGGAAAUAGGUAUCCGGAAAUCGAAGGAUUGUACUCCACAGAUGAUAGAAUCGGCAACGGAGUUUUUGUGAUGGAGGCGGACAAUCCCUCGAGGAGUAAUCCUGAGACGGCCGUCCUGUGGGAAAACAACAUUCUGAGAAACCAUUACUGUCCCACUGUUGUUAAAGGUAUCAACUCGCUAGCUAAUCGUUCAAAAAAUUAA